GUUAGUUGGAGUUUGAAGCUGUUUUGAUGGGCUCAGUGUCUAGUUGUGGAUUAGUGUACUUUCCAACCUUUACCCCCCAAAAAAACUUUUAACGACGAUGGAAAAGUUAACUUUUUGUGGAAUACAUUGUAUUGUUUUCUGUUUUAUUUUAACAUUUACUUUAAAUAAUGCGUCUCCGCCCAGUUUAUUCCAGGGUGCCCCUUACUCAGGAGCAGUUCACCGGCACAGAAACAAAAAUUGGUGUGCCUUUAUUGUGCAAAAGAAUGUAACCUGCGCGGUCCAGGCAGGCGUAGGGAGCUUCGAGGAGCCUGGGGUGGCGCCCUGUCCACCCCAUCAACCGGACUGUGAGCAACAAGUGAUGUACCAUACCCGAUUCCGGCCCACUUAUAGGAUUGCAUAUAAGACAGUCACUGAGCUUGAGUGGAGAUGCUGUCCAGGUUUCCAGGGCCCAGACUGCAGAGAACUCAGAGGUUCUCAGAAUAGAGGUUAUCCGUAUAGACAAACUCCUCUGGAGCCUCAGAAUGACCCACAAGCUCGUCCUGACAUCAGCAGAUAUCCUCAAAGACCAGAACGUAGAGACAUACCCUACCACGAUGUGAGGCGCAGUGGUGUAGACAAGGCUCGGCUGCUGGAAGGUGAGGUCCAGAAGCUGUCUCAGGCAGUACAGGACCUGCAGGCAGCCAUGGUUGGCAUGAGCGAGAACCUGCGCACCAACCUGCAGGAGGACACCAGCAAGAUGCUCGUCACACUCCUCAACAACAUGCGGCCUCCAGACAGCGCCAGGUCAGGGGGCACAGAGGAGACCCCAGGGCUCCUCCUGGAUGGGCACCUGGCGGUAAGAGGCCAUGUCGACGAGCAGAGGGGCAUGGAGGAGGUGAUGGCGAGACUGGACGGUGUGACGGACACGCUGAAGAGCAAAGACGAGGCUCUAGAAGAGCUGCACAGGACUGUGUCCAGGCAAAGUGACCAGAUCCGUUUGCUCAUGGACACGUCCCAAGGGCCUCUCAUCGGCGGGGCAUCUCCCGACCUGGACGUGUUGCAGUCUUAUGUUGACCAAAGAUUCGACAAGCUGAAAAGGGAGCUCACAGACAAUAUCGAAGAUAAAAUUACCGGAUUUAAAAACACGUGCAACGACAGAAUGACCUCUGUGGAGAGCUUGUGCCAGGAAGAGCACCAGAAAAUCUACACUACCCUGACAGAGCUGAUGGACGCCAAGCACGAUGACCUGAAGAAGGAGAUCAGCUCAGUGCGUUUGGACAUCGGUGUGGCAGAUGGACCCAUCCUCUUCAAUAGAGACUCCUCACUGCCCCUCCAGCAGGACGGCAAUGACCAGAACGAGCUGCGGAGAGAAAUACAGCGGGUGGCUGAUGCCCACCGCAUACUCAACGCCCGGAUGGACAAUGAGCUAGAGCACCUGUCCAUGCUCCAACUGGAGGACGUGUUUGGCCCACGCAUCGAGGAGCUGGAGGACAGGAUGAACGUGACUGAGAAGAACGCCGAGCUGCACAGCAUAUUUGUCGAGGAGAAGCUGACCAAGACUAUCGCCGACGAGGUGGCUGCCCUCCGUCAGCUCAUGGAGGACAGGCUGUACGGCAUGGAGGACCAGUUCACCACCAUGCUGGUGGAGAUGAGCAACAACUCCUUAUCUGGACUGUCCAGCGGCUCUGUGGACACCCUACAAACCGAGAUCAACUCGAACAAGCUCUUCAUCCAGACGUUGGACGAUAAGAUCAACGCCGUAGGAGAGAUAUGCCAGACUAAGGACUGCAAGCCCGGCUUGGGAGGUUUGGACGGAAUACUGAGGGAUGUGCGGCGCUGCAAGAACGAGCUGGAGGUUCUGGGCACCGACGUCUCGCAAAAUGCUGACAAGAUCAAACAACUGGAAGGGGCGAUGGAUAGGCUGUCAGUACAGAAUCAGUUCUUCACUAAGGAUGCACAGGAUCUCUUAAACAAAGUCAACAACUCCACAAACAGUGUUGAUCAUCUUACAAGUUCUGUUGCAGAGUUGAAGGACUCCAUGAACAAGUGCACGCAGGAUUACCAAAGUCUGAAUGCCACCUGUUGUAGACAAGGGCAAGCAGGACAAGGGCUCACUCGAGCCCAUGAUCCCAGUGUCCACCUGGAGCCAACAAAUCAAGUCAACGGACAUCAAAUAGAGGAACUGAAGAUUAGUUUACUGGGACUACAUGGACGUGUGACAGCAGAGCUGAGUCGCUGUAAUGACAGCUCGAGCCGCAUGAAUGAAGCAGUAGCUGACCUGAAUGGCAGAGUAUCCAAGCUGGAGAAGAUCUGUGGAAAGGAGGAUGGAGCAUCCGGUACUGUUCCAGGUGCGAGGGAGAAGCCCGCGUUUGGCUUAGAUCCCAUCCGGCAGCUGAAUAGCACUGUGAGGCUACACACAUUGGACAUCAGAAACCUGCAGAGUUCCAUGCACAACGUCCAAAUCCAGCUUGCAAGCCUAGCGAAGGACAAAGACGCCACAGCUAAAGACCAAGUGCCGCUGAAACCCCACAGACCUGCAGGUCCGACCAUCAAGAUCCCCCCGCGUCAGCCCCAAAUCAACCAGAUCCACAUCAUCCCCCAGCGCAUGCCCGUCCAGCCACGGCAGCCUGCCAUAGCCCAGCAGCCCACCAUCACCCUGCAGCAGCCAGGCCAACGCUGGCACCCCCAGCACCCAGCACUGCUCCCCCAGCAGCCGACGGUGGUGCUACAGCCCUCCAACCCCCUGCUCCCCAACCAGCCCCAGGUGCCCCGUCGGCCAGUGGUGGAGACGGGCGAGGCCGGACCCCCUGGGUACCAGCGCAGGGUGAUGCGGCGACACGAGGAAUCUAACACCAACCAGAAGCCUGUCAUGGGAUUCGCCGGUGCCCCAGGCUACCCACCAGUAAAUCCUGUAGCCUUCAAGACAAAUCCAUUCGCAGUUUCUCAGAUGCCAUAUAAGGCUGCCGCACACAUUCCACUUGUAACACCAGUUGCAGCCCAGAGCCAUGCUCCUGGUGACCCUCUGUCCUUCUCCGCUGGACUCACCAGCCAGCCGUUCUCGGGGGACUUCAGUGUCGUGCGCUUCAACAGGGUACUGGUCAAUGACGGAGGCCACUACAGCCCUGACACAGGGAUUUUCACAGUACCCAUGGAGGGUCGUUACCUAGUCACAGCGGUGCUGACGGCCCAGCGUGGCGAGCGGGUGGAGGCAGUACUCUCCGUGUCCAAUCGCAGCGUGCAGAAGCUCGACACGGCUGGCUACGGGCAGGGCGAGCUCGCCACGGACAAGGACAAAUGUGCGUGUGGUGGCUCUGCGUCCUUCAGCAUCGUGCUUCCACUCCGAAAAGGCGACCGCGUGGGUGUUGUGCGAACCGCUGGAAAACUGGCCGUCUCCGAGUCCAGGGAGAUCCUCUCCACCUUCAGUGCCAUUUUCCUCUACUCGCAACAGUCCAGCAGAUAGCCCUCAGACCUCCCCAAACCCCACCAAGGCCCGCUGUUCAGGCCAAAGCCAUUCAAUCCAACUCCCCAAUCACACUGAAGUCCAUUAUCAGGCUGGGAACAAUGCAAUAAAUCCAGCUUGGCCUCACAAAAUGGUGAAUACAGCCAGCCUCUUAAAUUGAACAAUGUGAUGACACUCAGUUUUUAUUACUUUGCUUUCACAUAAACAUCGGCCAAAAGUAUUUUGCUGUUCAUAUGUUUUUACUUUAUUAGAGACCAUACUUACCUCCCUAUUUUUAAAAUGUAAAAAGUGGGAUUAUAUUUUAACUACUUAAAUUAACCUAUAUUUGUAUGUUUUUUUGGAUUGUAAAAUUCAUUAUCUGAGCUCUUCUGACCACAGCAUUAGUCUGACCACAGCAUUAGUCAUUACAUUUAUGGUCAUAGGAAAUGUAAUAUCUCUAUAACUACAGUUUUAAAGUGUGGCGAAAAGAGAUUGCAAAAGGACAUCAGACCCCAGUAAUUUCCUUGUCAAUCAUUCACCAUCUCUUGCAAAAGCAGGUUAUGGAUCAGUGAAACUAAACCACAACCCAUUACAGAAAACACAAUUACAGCCAGCAGCUCCUUCGUGAUCAUUCCAGGAAAAGGGCGUGGACAGCAUUUCCCUAAGCCUCCCCCAGGGGACAUCAGACCCAUUAUUUUCAUA